CAAUAAUAAACGCGGAAUGUUACGCAUGAAGCAUCACAAAUAUAUUUGUUCUCAUUUGUUUUGCGAUUCAACAAAUGAGCGUAUAGAAACUGAAAGAGCUUUAUCAGUCAUGACAGUUGUUAAGAUACUCACAAGUCCGUUGAGUAUCUGCGAAGAUGUGGCACCGAUCAAUCAGUCGAUUAACGCAGACACGUGGAAUUUUCAAAUAUGUGAAACAAUUUCGCGCGACGAUUAGAAAUUCUAGAAGCUUUCACGUAAAUGUCAGUCCAGCGGAAAAAGCGAAAUGCGGCACAGAGACCAACGGUAGUUAUCCCUUGAUAGAUCAUUGCUACGAUGCGGUGGUAGUGGGAGCAGGAGGUGCAGGAUUGAGGGCUGCUUUCGGCCUCGGUAGCAAAGGAUAUCGUGUGGCAGUGGUAACGAAGCUCUUCCCAACCAGAUCGCACACCGUGGCUGCCCAAGGUGGUAUCAACGCUGCUUUGAAUGAUGAAAAUAAUGAAAAUGAAGACAACUGGCUGUAUCAUAUGUACGACACCGUGAAAGGAUCAGACUGGUUGGGCGACCAGGACGCCAUACACUUUCUCUCGAGGGAAGCCUCUCGUGUGGUUUACGAGCUUGAGAAUUACGGUUGCCCCUUCAGUCGUACAGACGAAGGUAAAAUUUACCAGCGCGCUUUCGGCGGACAGUCUUUGAAAUUCGGGAAAGGCGGUCAAGCUCAUCGAACUUGCGCUGUUGCUGAUAGGACCGGCCAUGCACUGCUUCAUACCCUCUACGGGCAGAGUCUUCGCUACGACGUGCACUACUUUAUCGAGUACUUCGCCCUGGACCUACUCAUGCAUGGUCGAUGUUGCAAGGGUAUCUUAGCUUGGGAAUUGGAGACUGGUCUUCUGCAUCGCUUCAGGGCUCAUCAUACAGUGAUCGCAACGGGCGGCGCCGGAAGAUGCUACUAUUCUUGCACAGCAGCUCACGCCUGCACUGGCGACGGCAUGGCGAUUGCUUGUCGCGCGGGCUUGCCGUUGCAGGACAUGGAAUUCGUCCAAUUUCAUCCGACCGGCAUCUACGGCAGCGGUAUACUCAUCACUGAAGGCAGCAGAGGGGAAGGCGGCAAACUCAUGAACUGCAAUGGGGAAUUCUUCAUGGAGAAAUACGCGCCCGUAGCCAAGGAUCUAGCCUCGCGCGACGUGGUGUCGAGAGCUAUGACCCUCGAGUUGUUGGAAGGAAGAGGCUGCGGGAAAAAGAAAGAUUACAUUCAGUUGCAAUUGAGUCACCUGCCGCCUGACCUGAUAAAACAAAGACUACCGGGAAUUUCGCACCUCGCUUGGGUGUUCGCUGGUGUGGACGUAGAGAAAGACCCGAUCCCUGUGAUCCCUACGGUGCAUUACAACAUGGGCGGUAUACCUACGAAUUGGCGUGCACAGGUGCUAACGCGAGAAAACGAGGAGGAUAGACCGAUUGAAGGUCUCUGGGCUGCCGGAGAGACCGCGUGUGCAUCCGUACAUGGUGCUAACCGAUUGGGCGCUAACAGCCUCUUGGAAAUCGUGGUCUUCGGCAAAGCUAUCGCCGAUCAGAUCGACUGCGUGAGCAGGCCUGGCGAGCGUCACGAGGAUCUGUCGCCGGAAAUCGGCGAGCAGACGAUAUGUCGCUUCGACGCGACUCGCUAUGCGAAAGGUUGCGUUCCUGUGGUCGAGCUGCGCGAGGAAAUGCAACGUACGAUGCAGAACUAUUGCGCGGUAUUCCGAACUUGCGACAUACUGCAACGUGCAUGCAGGGAAAUCACUCGAUUUUACACCUGUGAUCUUCCGGAUUUGUGUGUGCAGGAUCAGUCUCUCAUCUGGAAUACCGAGCUCGUCGAGGCCUUGGAGCUACAAAACAUGAUGCUUGUUAGUAUGCACAUCGUUUACGCAGCUGAAAAUCGUAAAGAGUCGAGAGGCUCACACGCUAGAGAGGAUUACAAGGAGAGAAUCGACGAGUACGACUAUUCGAAGCCACUCGAGGGACAGAAGAAACGACCUUUCACGGAGCACUGGCGUAAGCAUACGCUCACAUGGGCCCUGGACGAUGGAACGAUUUGCAUUUCUUAUCGGCCCGUUAUCGACUCGACGCUAGACGAAACUGAGGCCCAACACGUACCGCCCACAGUUCGCGCAUACUGACCCGGAUUGGAAUGAUUAGUCGCAAAUAGCCGAGUAAUUAAUAUGUAACGGGAAUGCGACGCGAUUAUAAGAAUACAAUCGCUUGUUAUGUCCACGUUGCCAAGUCCAAGUUUAACGUCAAACAUAAUAAAUCUAGGAAUUGCUGAAGUGAAACUGUCAAAACUCUUCGAAAAUCUGUUCCCGCAGAUACUGCGUGUAACCCCGGUUAUUCCGGACACCUUAUAUAAGCGCGUUUUGUGCUCCUCGAUAGCCUCGCACGCAACAGAUGUGGACGAUGGCUUAUCAGCAAGUUUAAUUAAUCCGUAUUACACUCGCAUUAAUUACGAAUAUAUGGCAAGAAGUAAUAUAAUAUUUGAUCGAGUGUGGUGUUGAAUUUCUGAAAAAUGUAUCUUUUGGAAGACGUUGCUACACACUUCGCUUCUCUAACAACAGAAUUACGUACAAUCAAUCUCUGUCCUCGAAAGAGACAUAAAUCGUGAUGCAACAACGCAAUUUAGCAACAUAACAACUUUGACUUAGUUUCGUAAGAGAUACGUUAAUCGCACCUACGCUGAUUACACUAUUGCAACAUCGCUGAUUAAUAUGGAAUAAAUUCUUAAAGAAUCA